CGAAGUCCACAAGUAAAUUAGGUCUCAUCUGAAAAUGUCCCAUUUCAAAGGCCUGCGGUAUCUGUGCCUACCGAUCAAUUUACUGCCUCACUUUAAAAUCAUUUUGCAGCUUUCCUCUGUCUUGAAGUAGAACGGUGCCGGAGAAACGUUUUGCCCCUUCAAGACUCAGGAGGAUGAAAGUCAUCACUUGUGAAAUAGCCUGGCACAACAAGGAGCCCGUGUACAGCCUGGACUUCCAGCAUGGGGCGGCCGGGAGGAUCCACAGACUGGCGUCUGCGGGCGUGGACACCGCUGUCAGGAUCUGGAAGGUAGAAAAGGGACCAGAUGGAAAAGCCAUCGUGGAAUUUUUGUCCAAUCUUGCUCGUCAUACCAAAGCCGUCAAUGUCGUGCGUUUUUCUCCAACUGGGGAAAUUUUAGCAUCAGGAGGAGAUGAUGCCGUCAUCCUGUUGUGGAAGGUGAAUGAUAACAAGGAGCCGGAGCAGAUCGCUUUUCAGGAUGAGGACGAGGCCCAGCUGAACAAGGAGAACUGGACAGUUGUGAAGACUCUGCGGGGCCACUUAGAAGAUGUGUAUGAUAUUUGCUGGGCAACUGACGGGAAUUUAAUGGCUUCUGCCUCUGUGGAUAACACAGCCAUCAUAUGGGAUGUCAAUAAAGGACAAAAGAUAUCAAUUUUUAAUGAACAUAAAAGUUAUGUCCAAGGAGUAACCUGGGACCCUUUGGGUCAAUAUGUUGCUACUCUGAGCUGUGACAGGGUGCUGCGAGUGUACAGUAUGCAGAAGAAGCGUGUGGCUUUUAAUGUUUCAAAGAUGCUGUCUGGAAUAGGUGCUGAAGGAGAGGCAAGAAGCUACCGGAUGUUCCACGACGACAGCAUGAAGUCUUUCUUCCGUAGGCUGAGUUUCACUCCCGAUGGAUCUUUGCUCCUCACGCCAGCUGGAUGUGUGGAAUCUGGUGAAAAUGUAAUGAAUACUACUUAUGUUUUCUCCAGGAAGAAUCUUAAAAGGCCCAUCGCUCAUCUUCCGUGUCCUGGAAAAGCCACUCUUGCUGUUCGCUGCUGUCCGGUCUACUUUGAACUGAGGCCAGUGGUGGAAACAGGUGUGGAGCUGAUGACUCUGCCCUACCGCCUCGUGUUUGCUGUGGCCUCGGAGGACUCCGUGCUUCUGUAUGACACCCAGCAGUCCCUCCCUUUCGGUUACGUGUCUAAUAUACAUUACCACACCCUCAGUGACAUUUCAUGGUCCAGCGAUGGCGCCUUCCUGGCCAUUUCUUCUACGGACGGUUACUGCUCGUUUGUGACAUUUGAGAAAGAUGAACUUGGAAUUCCUUUGAAAGAGAAGCCAGUUCUGAGCAUGAGAACUCCUGAUACAGCAAAGAAAACCAAGAGUCAGACACAUCGAGGGUCUUCGCCGGUAGGACCCAGACCGGUAGAGGGAACCCCUGCCAGCAGAAGCCAAGACCCCAGCAGCCCCGGCACAACCCCCCCUCAAGCCAGACAGGCCCCAGCCCCAACAGCCAUCAGAGACCCUCCCUCCAUCACUCCUGCUGUCAAAAGCCCCUUGCCAGGGCCUUCAGAAGAGAAGACCCUGCAGCCCAGUAGUCAAAGCACAAAAGGCCACCCAUCCCGGAGGGUCACUCUGAACACACUGCAAGCCUGGAGCAAGACAACGCCCCGGAGAAUAAACUUAACACCCUUAAAGACAGACACUCCACCAAAUUCUGUACCAACCAGUAUGAUUUCCACCCCUUCCACAGAAGAAAUUCAGUCAGAGACGCCUGGAGACGCUCACGGCAGUCCCCCAGAGCUAAAGCGGCCCAGACUCGAUGAAAACAAAGGAGGCAUGGAAAGUCUGGAUCCUUGAUGGGACCUCAGCUUCUGCUUGACACUUCCCAGGCGCCCAGUGUGUGCAGGGAGACGGUGAAGCUGGAGGUACCUGAGACCGGGGCUUCCAUGGAGUGGGACAGGCACUGUAGAUGGAUUUCUGUAACAGAAGGGACACGUGUACUGAUUUUUCUCCAGAAAUGUGGAUGCCGCUGUAUUCAGUGUCCAUUUGUAACUUGGGUACACGAACGUUUUAACAUUGUAAAUCCUCUUUUUGAUGAGUUUCUGAAACUGGAGUGAUUCAACAUUAUCCCGUGUGAAAAUCAGUGAGUCCUCCCUGGCAUCCUCGUGAAAGUGCACACACUUCAUGGAGGGACUCCUUUUAAAUAAGAAUUAGGAAGAUGAGAAAGUAAUUUGAGAUUUUACUCUGUUGAAUUUUAGAGUAUUUGAAGUGAUUGUUAGAUUUCACUUCUAAGGAGUUUAUUGAUUAAACUUUGGAAGGUA